AUGUUGCAUCUCGUUGGUCUCGGUCUCGCUGACGAGAAGGAUAUCACAGUCCGUGGCCUGGAGAUUGUCAAAAAGGCCGAAAGAGUCUACCUGGAAGCAUACACGGCCGUUCUUCUCGUCGACAAGGCAAAGCUCGAAGCGUUUUAUGGCCGCGAAGUUAUCGAGGCAGACCGUGAACUAGUAGAAACUGGCAGCGAUGACAUCCUCGCCGGCGCAGACAAGGCGGACAUCGCUUUCCUGGUUGUGGGCGAUCCAUUCGGCGCAACCACGCACACAGAUCUUGUACUGCGUGCCCGUGAACUAGGCAUCCAGACCAAUGUCGUCCCCAACGCCUCCAUCAUGUCAGGUAUCGGCUGCACUGGACUGCAGCUGUACAACUUCGGUCAAACAGUCAGCAUGGUAUUCUUUACCGAGACCUGGAAGCCCUCAUCCUUCUACGAUCGUGUGCGCGAGAAUGCCUCGAUUGGCCUACACACGCUCGUGCUACUAGAUAUCAAGGUGAAGGAGCAGUCUCUAGAGAAUAUGGCGCGUGGCCGCCGCAUUUUCGAGCCGCCGCGCUAUAUGACUGUUGCACAGUGCGCAGCGCAGAUGAUUGAGACUGAAGAAGACCGUAAGGAGGCCGUGUACUCGGCUGAUAGUCUUGCUGUUGGUGCUGCUCGGGUUGGUGCGCCAGAUCAGAAACUUGUCGUUGGAACUCUUCAGGAGUUGGCAGAGGUUGAUAUGGGAGAGCCCUUGCAUAGUCUUCUGCUUUUGGGUCGGAGGACGCAUGAUCUGGAGCGAGACUACAUUCGGCAGUAUGCUGUCAAUGAGGCGACUUUCGAUGCGAGCUACUCGAAGUACUACGGAGCGAGCUCAUGA